AUUUUCCUAACUUUGACGAAUAUGGCGACUUCAAGUCAAUCCAUGUGUGAGAAGAAAAAUAAAUCAUCAAAUGUAACGAUAAAAGAAGGGGAUCAUGUGAUAUUAAAGAAAGGAAAGACAGUUCGAGUUUUUCAGAUCCGAAAGAAACGAGACAUAUGGCUCGAUAAGAUAAAGUUUACCCUUGAUGGAGCUAUUAGUCAUGUCUAUGGAUCAAAUUUUGAGGUCAAGAGUGGACAGAUGCAUAAGAUACAGAAAACAUUUAAAGAAGCGGAAGUUUUAGGUGCAGAGAAAGGAACGGAUAACAGGAACUUGCAUGACCUGGACAGCAAUCAGAAGUUAUCAAGAGAAGACAUUGAAAAGAUGAAAAAGGAAGGCGCAAAAGGAGAGGAAAUCAUUGGGCAGCUUAUAGAAAACAGCACAACUUUUAAAGGAAAGACAGAAUUCGCUCAAGAGAAAUGGGUCAAAAAGAAGAAGCAAAAACAUGUGGCAGAGUUUACAGUGCUAAAACCAAACACCAGAUUAAUGUGCCAGAUGUACCAUGAAAAGUCGGCAGCAAAGAUUCUUAAUAUAAGAAUGGAUACUCUGGCACAGAUUCUGACCUAUGGAAAUGUCCAUGCCUAUACAAAUGUAGCUGUAGUGGACACAUGUUCAGGACUCGUAGUGGGGGCUGUGAUGGAAAGAUUGGGAGGAUAUGGAAAAGUAAUACACUUCCAUCCAGGUGAUAGACCAGUGAGACCAAUUUUGGAUAAUCUUGAUUUUCCAAAGGAGUUCUUGGAUAAUUUGUACAACUUUCCAUUUUGUGAAAUUGACUCUUUAAAAGCUGAAAAUUCUGAACAAACAAACAGUGAUACUCAAAGUAUAAACUUAACUAAAGAAUCACUUCACAGUGAUGAAAAGGGAGAUAAUUCUUCAGAUACAAAUGAUGACACUAAGAAAAUGAGAGAAGUAUUUGAUGAAAGGUUUAAAUCAAGGAAAAGUACAACCACAGAGGGUGAAGAAGUAGAUAGCCCAGCAGCUAAAAAGAUGAAAACAGAGUUAUCAGCAAGAGAAGCAAACAAAGUUUUGUACAACAAAAGAUUAUUUGAGGCCCGAGAACUUCUGUUGAAAUGUGACAUUGACUGUUUGAUCAUAGCCAGCAAAUACAACCCUACACCUCUGGUGACUACUUUAAUAGAAUAUGUGGCCACAUCCAGACCUGUCGUGGUGUACAGCCAGUAUAAGGAGGCUGUGAUGGAUGCUUAUGCCUAUCUGAGAGAGAUGGGAUGUUUGGUGAAUUACAGGGUCUCAGAAACCUGGCUUAGGGAAUAUCAGAUCCUGCCAAUGAGAACACACCCUGUAAUACAGAUGAGUGCUGGGGGUGGUUAUCUACUCACAGCCACCACAACAGUAAAGAAAUCAACCACAGCUGCUGCAAUGACAUGAUCCAUUGUUAUAAAUUUUAAAAUAAAAUCAU